GUAUAUGUUUUCCUGGCACUUUCCUCGUGAAAAUAACAACGAUUUGCUUAAAAGCUGAUGUUAAUGUUUUAAGUUAGUGAAACAUGUCAGUUUGCCAAGCCGACCCCUGGCAAAUGACAAGCAACAGCAUUAAACAACAAGAAAACGGAAACAGCAGAGUGAUUGAAACAUUUGAGGAUAAUUUCACAAGCAGCAUCAAUAAAGAAGAGACCGAAAGGCGGGCAUCAGCGGAUAUCGACCUAGAGUUGAAGGAGAGUAAUGUUACAGGCCCACAACAACUUGAGCCCUUGCCAGAUUCGGCAAGCUACUUGCAAUUGCUAGAGCGAAAACUGCAGAAAGUGCAAAAGGGAACCAAACUCUUGGACUCACUGCAGGCGAAGAAGGAGGAUUGCAUGCGCUCGCUUCUAGCCUCAAGCGGUGUUCCGGAGAAAACAUUUGAGCAACUGCUCGAGUUUGAUACGCCCAUCGAAAGCGGUCGUCUGCAUCGUCAUCUGCUGCCCGUUCAAGCGGUCACGGUAGGCGAAACAUUGGAGAUCGUUAAGUACGACGAACUUGAGGUGGAGGAGGAGCACCAAGAGGUGGGCGAGCAGCAGCAAGAACAGAACUAAAAUA